AUGUUUUUUCCAAGUAUCAUCAAAAUAUCACGUCACCAUCAUCGUAUCUCCUACACUUCUUAUCUCCGGUCCGGGGAAUGGUUUUGCGGAGUCUGUCGCAAAAGUAUUGAGAACGAUUAUGGUUCAUAUACUUGUGAUAAGUGUUGUGAUUAUUUUGUUCAUUCAAUAUGUGCUCUACGGGAAGAUGCGUGGGACGGAAAAGAUCUUGAAGGUGUACCAGAAGAAGAUGAUAUAACACCAGAUGUUGUACCAUUCAUUAUGAUAUCUGAAGGAGUUAUACUCCAUUUCCUUCAUGAACAUCAUCUCUGCCUCCAAGUCAGCAUGCUUUAUGACGAAAACAAGUUUUGUCAAGCAUGUGUUCUGCCUAUAUUUGAAGGUAAUCUCUAUUCUUGUAUUGAGUGUGAUUUCAUCCUUCAUGAAACAUGCGCAAAUUCUGCCCGUAAGCUACAACAUGCGUUUCAUCCUCAUCCACUUACAUUGAACCUUGUGAGUCCAUAUAAAGCUGGUCAAUACGGUUGUGAUGCUUGUUAUCGUUUAUGCAAUGGAUUUAAUUAUGGGUGCCAUUUAAAGGAAUGUGAUUUCUAUCUGGAUAUAAGGUGUGCUUCAGUAUCUGAACCGGUUGAUUACCAAGGUCAUGAACAUCCCUUGUACUUAGCCUUAAACCCAGAACAAAAUCCUGUAUGUCAUGUAUGCAAAAUACAAUGUGAGAAGCAGUUAAACUGCAUCAUCUGUGAUUUUAUUAUAUGCAUUAAAUGCAUUACCUUACCAUACAAAGUAAGGUAUAAGCAUGAUAAACAUUUUCUCAGAAUUCUGUGGGGGGAAGAAAUAUGUAGCAAAAGUUGGUGUGAGGUAUGCGAGCAUGAUUUGAGAGAUACAAACACAAACAUGAUCUAUUGGUGCGACGAAUGUUGUAUCACAGUUCAUGUUCAAUGUUUAGUUGGUUAUGACCCAUAUCUGAAGCAUGGUCAAUCUUUGAAAAUAUAUGGACGAAAGUUUCAAAUUCAUUGCAAAAGCCAAAUUUCUCGACCAUUAUGCAGCUACUGCAAAAAUCGUUGUCAAGACAAAAUACUAACGAAAGAAAACAUCAUAGCAUGUUCUGCGAGAUGUUUUAUUAAUAGUCUUAACCUUCAUGUCUCUAUGUAAUUUAUUUAUCUCUCAUAAAUCAUAUUUGAUUUUAUUAUUUGUUAAGUUAAUUUAAUGUAUCUUUCUGUUUAUAUAUGUACUUUGUUGAUUACUU